UCCCUCUAUACUCAUACUCAUAUAUAGGUACCAAUCCUAUAAUCCGCCCCCACCAUCCCCCACGAAGAAGCUUCUGUGAUUGAACUCCGUGUCUCAUUUCCGCCCCAACAAAACCCCUGUCAAGGGUCCCACCCUGCUCCAGUGUCCGAUCAGCUCCCGCUUCGUUCACACCUAUCGCGGUGGGCCUUGCGUGGUCAGUACCUCUAAGCAAACCGACCGAGACUUCACCUUCGCAACACCACAUUGACCUUGGGAAACGGAAACAGUCAAACAGACAAGAUGGAAAUGCCAAAUCUGCCGAAGUCGGUUGUCAUAGUCGGAGGCUCCCUAGCGGGCCUCCUUCAUGGGCUGUACUUGAAGCGCCAUGGCAGCAACGUCAUGAUUCUCGAGCAGGAUCCCAGCGCAGUCCGGAGCAGUCACCAAGCUGGCAUUGCCUUUGGGCCUAACGUGGAUGAGAUUCUCCGCAAGUACGACGACACGGGUGUGCAGAGCUGCAUAGCUUCGCCAACCACCCAGAUCGCCUACCGCAAGAGCUGGGAUAUCCAUCUCAACAUUGCCCGGCGUCUCACUAGCUGGGGGUUGCUGUACCGCAUCCUGCGUGCCAACUACGACGGCUUGGCCUCCGAUGCCGUCCCCAGUCCGCCACCCCCAAGAAAAGGCGACGGAGAAGCCGAGUACCGCUCCGGGAAGAAGGUCACGAACCUGCAGGACAAUAACGGCACGAUCACGGUCACCUUCGUCGAUCAAGACGGAACGGAGGACUCCCUCACAGCCGACCUCGUCAUCGGCGCCGACGGCGUGCACUCCACCGUCCGAACCCUCCUCCAAGCGCCCACCAUCAAAGAAUACUCGGGCUACGUCGCCUGGCGCGGCACCGUCCUGGAGCGCGAUCUAACCCCCGAGACAGUCGCGUACUUUGCCGACCGCCCAACCCUCACCUUUCUCAAAAACACCUACCUCGUCUCAUACCCCAUCCCCCCCGAUACAGGCACCUUCACCCAGGCAACCCGCCUGCUCAACUGGGUGUGGUACAGCAACGCGCCCGACCCCACCCCCUUCCUAACCGACGUGCACAACCGCACCCACAGCACGACCGUCCCCACGGGGCUCGUCUCGCCACCCCUCUGGCGCGCCCACCUCGCGGACACCGUCGCCCAGAUGCCGCCCCACCUCGCGGCGCUGGUGUCGGCGACGCAGCCGGAGGCGGUGUUUGUCACCCGCGUCAGCGACGCGCUGUGCGGGCGCGCCGUGUUUUGUGGGGGGAGGGUGGUGCUGGUCGGGGAUGCGUUGGCCACGUUUAGGCCGCACUUUGCGGUGGCGACGGAGCAGGCGGCGAGGCACUGUCUUGGGUUGGGGAGGGUUUGGGAGGGGGGGUUGGAACUGGAAAGGUGGGAGGGGGAGGUGACGGGGUAUGGGAGACGGAUGUGGAUGGCGAGUCGGGUGUUGGGGGUGUGGGGGCUGGGCGGGUGGUGGGAGUUUUUGGGGGUGCUGGGGAGGUUUGUGGGUGUUGUGCUGGGGGGGUUGUUGGGGAGGGGGUGA